CGGGGGACAGUGCUGCUGUACAUGUUCCCGGCGUGCGGGCACCACGGAGCGUUUCCUGCACUGGUGCAUGGUGGUCGAACAGGAGGAAUUGUUGGAAAUUUUUCGGAGCAGCUGAAGCAUGCUCUUGGCCCAGAUAAAUCGGGACUCGCAGGGAAUGGCAGAGUUUCACGAUGCAGACGGGCAGCCGGUCACUCUCUGUCUGACAGAGGCUGUGACCGUGGCAGAUGGUGAUCAGAUGGAGAGCAUGGACACAGUGAGCCUGCAGGCUGUCACUCUAGCAGAUGGAUCCACUGCAUACAUCCAACAUGACUCCAAAGCUUCCUUUUCAGACGGACACAUCAUGGACGGCCAGGUGAUCCAGCUGGAAGACGGAUCUGCUGCCUACGUUCAGCAUGUGUCGAUGCCUAAAUCAGGAGGGGACAGUUUACAGCUUGAAGAUGGACAGGCAGUUCAGCUUGAAGAUGGAACAACAGCCUACAUUCACACACCCAAAGAUACAUAUGACCAGAGCGGCCUGCAGGAGGUGCAGCUGGAGGAUGGCAGCACGGCCUACAUCCAGCACACAGUGCACAUGCCCCAGUCCAACACCAUCCUGGCCAUCCAGGCUGACGGUACCAUCGCAGACCUGCAGACUGAAGCCACUGCCAUCGACCCUGAGACUAUCAGCGUGCUUGAACAGUACACCACCAAGGUGGAGAAUAUAGAAAAUCCCUUAGGCUCCUUCAGCAGAGUGGAAGGAGACAAUGGCGUUCACAUGCGGAUUGUGUUACAGGGUCAAGACAACAGGCAAGCAAGGGUCACAAAUGUAGGAGAAAAGUCUUUCCGCUGUGAAUACGAGGGCUGUGGUAAACUCUACACCACUGCCCAUCAUCUCAAGGUACACGAACGCUCCCACACCGGAGACAAACCGUAUGUCUGCGACUAUCCAGGCUGUGGGAAGAAGUUUGCUACAGGGUAUGGACUGAAGAGUCACUCACGCACACACACAGGGGAGAAGCCAUAUAGAUGUCAGGAGAUGAACUGCUGCAAGUCCUUCAAAACCUCCGGUGACCUUCAGAAGCAUACACGGACUCAUACAGGAGAGAAGCCUUUUAAAUGCCCGGUCGAUGGCUGUGGCAGAUCAUUUACCACCUCCAACAUUCGUAAAGUUCACAUCCGAACACAUACCGGUGAGCGGCCGUACUACUGCUCUGAGCCCACUUGUGGACGGUCCUUUGCUAGUGCCACCAACUACAAGAACCAUAUGAGGAUUCACACAGGGGAGAAACCAUACGUGUGCACAGUGCCUGGGUGUGAAAAGCGCUUCACAGAAUACUCCAGCCUUUACAAACAUCAUGUUGUUCAUACGCCCUGCAAACCUUACAACUGCAACCACUGUGGGAAAACCUACAAACAGAUCUCCACACUCGCCAUGCACAAACGCACAGCCCACAAUGACACUGAGCCCAUCGAGGAGGAACAGGAGACGUACUUUGAACCACCAACAGAUGCUAUUGAUGACCCUAACGUGAGUUACUCAGCUACAGUGGUUGAGGCAGAUGACUCCGGCUCAGAGCAGCUUCCAGUGGAGAACUCAGAUAUGGUUGGUCAGCAGCAUAUUGCCUUGGUAACGCAGGAGGACGGGACACAACAGCAGGUCAGUAUCUCUGAAGCGGACUUACAAGCUAUGGGUGGCACAAUCACCAUGGUAACUCAAGAAGGCACAACCAUAACCAUCCCAGCCCAUGAACUGGCAACACAAGGUGCUCACUCGGUUACCAUGGUAACAACAGACGGCUCCGACGAACAGGUGGCCAUCAUGACACCCGACAUGGCCUCGUUCCAAACAGUGGAGGAGGCUGGCUACAGCCAAGAACAAGAUGGAAUUCACCCUGUCACGUUACUGGCCACCUCCAAUGGCACUCACAUUGCGGUGCAGCUCAGUGAUCAGCCUUCGCUGGAAGAAGCCAUCAGAAUAGCAUCAAGAAUACAACAAGGAGAGUCACCAGGCCUGGAUGAUUGAUGGACUCAUUAUGGACUAUGAUUUAGGAUCAAAACCAUCUCA